GUUUCAUAUAGAUAGGUUUUCAUUAACAGCCAGAAUAUCAGUCACAUGACGUUUCGUAAUGGUCAGGGGUAUAACGAUUUUCUUCACUAUCGUAUUAGUUCUCGAGCCGGUCGGGAUCAGAAUCGAGAUCGGCGAGUGGUACUGAAAGAGUAUCGUUUGAGCGUGUUUUUAAAAGAGAACAAUCGGUGAUUUUAAUUAUUGAAUUUAUCGGAAUAUGGGGGUGAGGACUGCAGAAAAAACUUGCGAGGAAGUAACACAGGAUGCGCUUAAUCAGACAGGUUUUGGAGUGUUCAAUUUGAAAAUAUUCGCAACUUGUGCAUUGAUAUGCAUCAAUGGAAGUCUUGGAUUGGGGAAUGUGGGGUUGAUAAUACCAGCAGCAGCGUGUGAUUUCAAAAUGUCGACUGUCGCCAAAGGAUACAUGGCAAUGAUGCCGGUUCUGGGAAUGGUGUUUGGACCGUAUUGCUGGGCAACACUAGCAGAGAUGAAGGGCAGAAGAAUCGGCCUAAUCAUUUCCCUCAUUUUUCACGGAGUCGGUGAUAUAACGGCCUCGGUCAUUUCAAAUUUCUGGGGCUUGUUAGUGUGCAAAUUCCUCGUAGGUUUUGGAUUCAGUGGACAAUUUUCACUUCUGUUCACCUAUCUGGGAGAAUUUCAACCUUGUAAAGUUCGAGAUCGUUUACUGGCAUGGCUGGAGCUGCCCUGGGUCAGCGGGUUGCUCAUUACUGCAGCACUUGGUUGGGCUAUCAUGCCUCUCAACAUUAAUUACGAGAGCGCAACUACAGGUUUCUUUUUCAAGUCUUGGAGCCUUUACUUAUUGAUAUGUGGAUCAUUGUCACCAAUUCUUGCCCUGUGGAUUGUUUUUCUGCCGGAGACACCUAAAUAUCUUGCUGAAACCAGACAGCACAAGAAACUGCUGGAGCUUCUUGGGGAUAUCUAUCAUGCCAACACGGGACAGCCUAAGAAACAAUAUCUGGACAACAUCAAAAAAUUGGAAAAUCCAGGUCUGAAUCACUUAAUAGCCAAAGCUCAAGAACACACAGUACCAACUCAUAAAACCAUUCGUCAAAUGAUGUCGCAAUAUAUGGAGCAGACCAAGGAGAUCAUUAAACCUCCAUACUUGAAGACAACGAUUCUGAUGUCUAUAGCUUCGUACACUGUAACGGCUCCAUAUUACACGCUCAUUUUUUGGUUGCCGGAAAUAUUUCUGAGGUAUUCGAUAUUCGAGGAAUUACAUCCAGAGAAAACCGCUAGUGUCUGUACAAUUUCGAACGUCCUCUACGCAGCCAAUGCAACUCAAAAAAAGGAGAUGGAUUAUUCCGAUUGUACUGAAGUACUCAGUGAAACUGUUUAUUUUCAUAAUAUGAUUUUGGGUGCAACAUCCGUUCCAGUUGCAUUUUGGCUACCACUUUUUGUUGACAGAUUUGGGUACAAAAUACACUUAGUGGGUGCUUCCUUAUCAAGUGCGGUAUUAGCUUUUGGUUUACUGAUCGUGGAGACGUCGACGCAAAAUUUGAUCAUCGCAUGUUUAUUUGAAGCACUGGCAUCCGUGAGCAUAACAAUAGUACUCUGCACUGCCGUCGAACUUUAUCCCACUCAUCUUAGGGUUAUUGCCUCUGCACUUGCUGCAUUCGUGGGGAGAAUGGGAGCUUUUGUCGGUAUUUCAAUGGUUGGUUAUCUUAUCGAUGACUACUGUGUGCCCUUGAUCUUACUCAUUGGGUCGCAUCUAGUUGUGGCUGGCAUUUGCGGCAUAUUCAUACCAAUUCGCAAAACAAAGGAGGAAUUUGAAAAACGAGAAAAAUUGAAGGCUAAGUUGGCAGAGAGUACGAAUACCCAACUGUGAUGAUUUCAAAAACUAAUACCAGUACUAUUUUUAUUUUAUGAAUACAUGUUAUUUUUAUACACUUAUAAUUCAACUCACUCCUGUUAUUUGUAUGGA